AUGCUGCAUGUUUGGCGCGCCUCUGGGGAAGAAGUGGCAUCCAGACCGAAGGGCGAAAUCAGCAAUGUGCGAGCACUAAAGCUAUGGCUGCAGAAGCUAACAGGAUAUGGGCGGUUCCGGCAAAGGCUUCUGGUUGAUGUGGUCUCCUUGGAGGACGAAGCGGAGUUGAAGGAGAUUUCAGAUUUCCAGCUUGUGCUGUUGCCCUUCGCCGAGACGACGAGGCAGCAGGUCGAAGAGCUUGCCAGCGCUGCCUCGCAGGGCUUGCUGGCGGAGGUGGAGGCCGCACUUCAUCGACCGCAAGACCCGGACCUGGAUCAAACCCAACGCCUCUCGCCACUCGCAGCGGCUGCCGCUGGCGGACACGAUGAGGUCGUUCGCAUGCUGCUGGAGGCUGCUGCCGACAAGGACAAGGUGAGUGGACCCAAAGGCUGCACGGCCCUUGCUCUUGCUUGUGAGUCCGGCCAUGCACAGACGGUGCACCUGCUCCUUGAGGCCAGGGCGGAUAAGAACAAGGUUCGGCGGCUGAGGCGGUCUACACCACUGGCCUUGGCUUCACAGAACGGGAAGCUGGAGGUCGUGCAUCUUCUUCUGAGCGCCAAUGGUGUCGUCGACGUAGACACGCCUCUGUGCGCGGCUGCUGCUGAAGGGAAUGCGUCGAUCGUGGGCCUGCUGUUGGAGUCGAGGGCCAACAAAGAUGUGGUUGAUCAGCGGGACUCGCACCGACCCCUGGGUGUGGCAUCCGCCGGGGGCCAUGCGGCAGUGGUGCAAGCGCUGCUCGAGGCACGCGCCGAUCUGGAAGUGCAGGAUGCAGGUUUUGGUGACACCCCUUUGUGCUUGGCUUCGAGACUGGGCCGGGUUGAUGUGAUGAGACUGCUGUUGGAGUCAGGUGCCGCUGGUUAG